AUGGCGACAUACAUCUACAAACGCUACAUCAGCCCUUCGAAAACCACACCGCCAAAGCCGUCACUCCCCAAAUCAUGCAGGCAUCGUCACGGCAGCGAGCCAGACUCGCCCCCCUGCAUGGAGUGCAAAGCAGAGAAGAGCAGAGCCACGAAAUACAGAUGGAAGAUUAUCCUGGGCUUGAUUUCACCGUACGCCCUGCAAGCCCUCGACGCAACAAUCAUCGCCAGUGCCCUGCCCUGGAUCGCAAGCGACUUCAACCAGCUGUCGCAGCAGAACUGGAUCGUGUCCGCAUUCACCCUCUCCUCGGCGGCGUUCAUCCCCUGCUGGGCGCAGAUGGCCGACGUCUUCGGCCGGUACGUCUCCCUCACGGCCGCCAUUCUCAUCAUGAUGGUUGGAAGCGCCUUGUGUACGGGCGCUCCCACCACCGCCUUCCCCAUGCUGCUUCUCGGCCGCGGCUUUCAAGGCGUCGCCGCCUCGGGGCUCAACGUCGUGGUUCGAACAAUCCUCGCCGACCGCGUAACCUUGAAGGAGAACGCCAAAAACUGGGCCAUCUUUGCCAUUGUGGGUGGCGUGUCGUAUGGUAUCGGCCCCGUCAUUGGGGGCUAUCUCUCUGGGUCCAAUUGGCGAUGGUGCUUUGGGAUCAAUCUGCCCGUUGGAGCCGUGGCACUUAUUGCCGUCUUUUUCGUCCUCCGGAAGGAACUCCUCGGCCCGCAGCCUAUUCCCGAGCUGGACGAGACUGUCGAGACUGGCCAGAGGUCCAAGUUUGCAGCUCGGCUAAAGACGGUGGAUGUUGGUGGUCAGGUUCUGUUUGUCCUGGGGUUCGGUCUAAUUGUCCUGGCGUUGACGUGGGGUGGUGCGACGUACUCUUGGAACUCGGCGCCUGUUCUGGUGUCGCUUGUUUUGGGCCUUGUAUUUUCAUUGGCCUUUUUCAUCUGGGAAAGAUUGCUAUCGCCGAGAAGAAUGCUCUCUAUCAAGCUGCCCAAGCAAAGGGCCAUGAUUCCGUGGGCCAUGUUGACGAAUCGAGAUGUUGGACUGAUCUUUUACACGGAAAUCGCCACUGGCAUGGCCUUGUUUUCGGUUCUGUUCUUUUGCAAUAUCUACUUUAUUGCGGUCUUGGGCUAUUCUCCAGACAAGGCUGGAUUGCAGCUGUUGUACUUUGUUCCUGGAAUGGGAGUCGGUGUUUACCUGUGCUCCUUUGUUUGUAAUAAGUGGCCUAGAAUGACCUUUCCACCUCUCUUCUUUGGGACCCUCAUAGAAGCUGUCGGCAUCGGCAUGCUAGCAUGGACGUUGUACAAUGAACAUCUCCCCAGUAUAUUUGGGAUGAUGGCCUUGACGGGUGUUGGCAUCGGGCUGCGAUUCAUGGUUGCGCCUCUUCAUGGAAUCGGCAUCUUCAAGAAGCAUCGCGCGGCGCUCAUCGGGCUGAUGGCUAUCGCCACCCCGUUCGGAGGAACCAUUGGCCUGACUAUAAUGUCGACAGUCUUCAACAAUACUUCGGGCCUCGAUUAUAAGCAUAGCGACUUUUCCAAGAUUCAGGAACCGGGUGACCUUGGGGCUGCGCAGGCCGUCUACGACGCCAAGAUGGGGGUUGUGUGGGCAUACGUUGCCAUUGUUCCCUUCAUGGUUGUGUCCUUUAUCUGCUGCUUCUUCCUCGGGAACGUAAAACUGGGAAACCAGUCAGCAGUCGAUGACGAUGAAGCCAAUACAAACAUAGUUUUUACAGAACCAUACUUGUGGACUUUGAUCAGAGGGAGGACCGCCCAAGCCGAAGAAGUGGCCAUUCGUUUGGAGAGCUCACACAGUAAAGACGACCCAAAGGGAGGACCUGGAAGGGAGAUGGUGUAA